AUGAGGACACUGUGUCCAAAUUUUGAUAAGGAAGACGGCUUAGAAACGGUUUUGGAAGUUCCGAUUCCGGAGGAUAUGUGGACUGGAAUCGGAAACAGUGGUUCCAAUCGGUGGCAGAAUCUCUGCGCGCUCAUGAAAGCGCAGAUUUUUAACGAUAACUCUUCGCAUUUUUCUGCUGCUUGUGAUAAUGAAUUCAUCGCGUUGCUUAAACUUGUUGGUUCUCCUCUUAUUCCUCUUCAGGUUCAAUGCGAUCAUACGUUCACUCGUCCUCUCAAUGAUUCUAGCAUCGAAGCUUCACGUGCAAAGUAUAUAGUGCAGCAAUACAUAGCUGCCACAGGAGGAAUGGGAGCAUUGGAUUCACUGAAGAGUAUGUAUGCAGUUGGGCAAGUGAGGAUGUUUGGGUCCGAGAUGCGUCGGGGAGAUGAUAGCAUUAAACCGAUUGGUAGAGCUGAAGUGGGAGGUUUUGUGUUAUGGCAAAAGAAUCCAAAUUUGUGGCACUUUGAAUUGGUUGUCUCUGGUUUCAAAGUUAGUGCAGGGAGUGAUGGGAAGAUAGCAUGGACACAGUCUUCUUCUAAACCUUGUCAUGCUAAUAAAGGACCUCCAAGACCUCUUCGCCGUGUCUUUCAGGGGCUGGAUCCAAGAUGUACCGCCAACUUGUUUCUAGAUGCUGUAUGUGUAGGAGAGAAAACCAUUAACAAAGAAGAUUGUUUUUUACUAAAAGUAGAGACAGCACAUGACGUCCUCCAAGCACACAGCACAUCACACACAGAAAUUAUCAGACACACGGUGUGGGGAUACUUUAGCCAACGCACAGGGUUACUUGUGAAAUUCGAAGAUGCCAAGUUGGUUAGAAUGAAGCCGGACAAAGAAAAGGAUUCUGUUUUUUGGGAAACAAGCAUUGAGUCAGUGAUUGAGGACUAUAGAUACAUAGACGGUAUUAAAAUAGCACAUGGUGGCAACACAGUGGCCAUUUUAUACAGAUAUGGUGUAGCACAUAACCAUAGACGAAGAAUUGAAGAAACAUGGAGGAUUGAAGAAGUUGAUUUUAACAUUUGUGGCUUAUCAAUGGAUUGUUUUUUGCCUCCCUCUGAUAUCAAGAAGGAACAAGAAGCUGUAGAACAUAUUGUGUCGUAG